GAUGAGGAUAUGAGGGCCUAUCCACUCAAAUAUUGGUGUAUGGUCUUGGAAUUCGAGGGUUAAACUUUCCAUUUUUCCUACAAAAAUAAUAAGGUGUCUGCCCUUCUUUCAUUAUUCAUAAAACACUAACACUUCAAACUAAAAUUCCCUCUCUCUCUUGCUGAAGCGCCAUGGCUUCCAUCACUGCAACAACAGGGACCUCAACCCUUGCCCUUGCAAGCCUCAUUUCUAGGGUCUCCGCUACUAAGCAAUCGCCAAUAAUUCUAGGAUUGCCAACACUAGCAAAGAAGGGAGGAGUGAGGUGCUCCCUAGAGGCAAAGCCUAGCACCAACCCAUGUGUGGGUGCGGCCUUGGUUGCUUCAGUGGCUACAAUUUCGAGCCCAGCUCUUGCUCUAGUUGAUGAGAGGUUAAGCACUGAAGGGACUGGUCUUAGCCUAGGUAUAAGCAACAACCUUCUUGCAUGGAUCCUUUUUGGUGUUUUUGGGCUUAUUUGGGCUCUCUACUUUAUUUACACCUCCACCCUUGAAGAGGAUGAGGAGUCUGGUCUCUCUCUCUAGAUCACAAUUAUUGUUGCUGUAAAAGAAAUA